AUGUCUCACUUUAAUCCAUACGGCAAAUGUUGGCACCUGGCUGAGAUCACAGUGUUUAUUCAUCAACUUGACUCCCAUUACAAUCUGUCCACCCCUGGCUACAAAAUCCUUCCAUCUCAAAUGCAGGAAACUCAUGUAGGCAUCUUCCAUUUGGAAUGGAAGAGGGCUGGAGCUGAGCUUGCCCAACGUUCUCAGAUCAGCCAGCUCAGUCAGUUCAAGUCACCUCUCAGACAAGCUCACUCAGCUCUCAGACCCAGCUCACUCAGAUCUCAGACCCAGCUCAUCCAGCUCUUGGACCCAGCUCAGCCAGCUCAUUCAGCUCAUUCAGCUCUUGGGCUCAGCUCUGCCAGCGCUUGGACCCAGCUCAGUUGGCUCAGGACCCAGCUCAGUCAGCUCACCAAGCUUGGUCAGCUCUUGGACCCAGCACAUCCAGCUCAGUUGGCUCAAGUGUUCAACAUCUCUCAAACCCAGAUCUUGUAUUCAGCUCAGUCAGCUGUCCUAGCCAGCUCAGCCAGCUCCCGUAGUCAGCUCAGCCAGUCAGCUUUGUCAGCCCAACCAGCUGUCCAAGCCAGCUCGGUGGACCCAGCUCUGUCAGCUAGCUCAGUCUGCUCCAGCAGCUGUUGGCUAGGUUAUAAAGGUAUGCAAUGUGAACUGUAUGAUAUGUUACGUCAAUAA